GCGCGCUGCGGGCCGUGCGCGCGGCGAUGUGAGAGCGGCGGCGCCGGGCCCUGUCCGCGCCCCCGGCCGCGCUCCCUCCGUCCCCAUCGCCCGUGCCGUCCCCGCGGCUCCCGCCGGUCCCCGCGGGCCGGGCCCCGCGUUAUGUCGUGAUCCCGGGCGGGCGGCGCUGCUGCUGCUGCUCAUGGGGCUGCUCAGGAUUAUGCUGCCGCCCAAGUUGCAGCUGCUGGCGGUGCUGGUCUUCGGGGUGGCCGUGCUGUUCCUGGAGAACCAGAUCCAGAAGCUGGAGGAGUCCCGCGGCAAGCUGGAAAGGGCUAUUGCAAGGCAUGAAGUCAGAGAAAUAGAGCAACGUCAUACAGUAGAUGGUCCCCGACAAGAUGUGACACUGGAUGAAGAAGAUGAUGUGGUGAUUAUUUACAACAGAGUACCCAAGACUGCCAGCACGUCUUUCACAAAUAUUGCCUAUGAUCUCUGUGCGAAGAACAAAUACCAUGUUCUGCAUAUCAAUACAACCAAAAAUAAUCCUGUUAUGUCUCUGCAAGAUCAGGUCCGAUUUGUGAAGAAUGUGACUUCCUGGAAGGAGAUGAAGCCGGGCUUUUACCAUGGCCAUGUCUCGUACCUGGACUUCGCCAAAUUUGGUGUUAAAAAGAAACCAAUUUACAUAAAUGUCAUAAGAGAUCCUAUAGAACGCCUAGUUUCUUAUUAUUACUUUCUGCGCUUUGGAGAUGAUUACAGACCAGGGCUACGGAGGCGAAAACAGGGGGAUAAAAAGACCUUUGAUGAAUGUGUGGCAGCUGGAGGUUCCGACUGUGCUCCAGAGAAACUUUGGCUUCAAAUUCCAUUCUUCUGUGGCCACAGCUCAGAAUGCUGGAAUGUGGGAAGCAGAUGGGCUUUGGAACAAGCCAAAUACAAUCUGAUUAAUGAAUACUUCCUAGUGGGAGUUACUGAAGAGCUUGAAGACUUUAUCAUGUUAUUGGAGGCAGCUUUGCCCCGGUUCUUCAGGGGUGCCACAGAACUGUACCGGACAGGAAAGAAGUCGCAUCUUAGGAAAACAACUGAGAAAAAACUUCCCACAAAAGAAACUAUUGCCAAGCUACAGCAGUCUGAAAUCUGGAAAAUGGAGAAUGAGUUCUAUGAAUUUGCACUGGAGCAAUUUCAGUUUGUCAGAGCACAUGCAGUUCGGGAAAAAGAUGGAGAAUUGUAUAUUCUGGCUCAGAACUUUUUCUAUGAAAAGAUUUACCCUAAAUCAAACUAAGAAUGCUAUACUGUUAGAUUUAUGGACCUAAAUCUUUGGUCACAUCAUCAUCUUAGUCCUCAGCCAUGGAAACUAGAUUGCUUGUAGACCUCCAAGACAUUUCUUUAUAUGAGGAAAGUGGGUUGUGGAUCACCUCCAGGGCUUUGGAUAUAGCUGUGUUGGUAAUCCAGAAGCAAAGGCUUCAUUUCUUAUAUCUAAUACUUUCAAUGGGAGUCAAUAUCCUUAACCUGAAGAAAUCGACACUGUAAUUCAGAGCAAUUAAUCCACGGCAGUUCUAUUUGAAAAUACAAACAAUCAAAAAACCACUUCUGUUGAUGCUCUUUUUAAUUUUCAGAGCAAUUUAUUUUCAUUUAUACUUCUGUGAAGAGGAAAUAAUUUCCCCCAGCUUUCAAAAUGGAAAUUUUGGUUGUAUACAGUAUGAGUAGUCCUAAUAACUGGUUGACAUCUGUUCUUUGUUUUUGUGUAUCAUGUCACAUGAUAUUAAUUGGGAUGGCUAAUCAUGUUCUGCUGAGAAAUGCUGCUGCUGCUGGAAUUGCCCAUAUUUAUAAAUGUGGUUUUAUUAAAAAAUUAAAACUACUCAUUAGUGUUAAAAUGUCAUUUUCACAUUAAUAUUGUAAAAAGUUAAACAGAGCGAUGGGGUUUUUCUUUUCAUUUUUUUUAAUCAUCACCACUGACUGAAGUUGGGAAAACUACAAAGAAAUUUGGUAUUGUCUGCAGUUCUAGUUGAUCCUUACACAGUGGUAUAAAAAUUGUAAAUUCUUAAGUAAGUUUCUCCAUGGAUUCUUUGUAAUAAUUGUAAACUGAGGUAUUGGUGAAUCCAUAUUAUGACUCUACUAGUGAGCUGUGGUAUGGCUAGGGUUUUCCUACUACUUCAAUACUUUUAUCUGUAGAAUAUUUUUACUGAGGUGCUUUAUAACGUGUUUUAAAGCAUUGCAUUUACAAAAGGAGUAAAAUGCUGUAAAUACUGCUUAUUUUAUGUAUUUGGACCAAAAGGUUUAAAGUAACUAGUUUAAAGUGGGGUUUUUUGCACCGGUUCUGUUAUGUGUGAAGUGAAAAACAUCACAUUUACUUCCUGGUUGCGUUAACUGUUGGACAUUGCUGCAACACACUUCAGUGACCUCUCUCACUUCAAUACCAGAAUGUUUUCCAGGGAUUCUCCUUACACCAAUGUAGUCUUCAUCCUUUUAUUAGGGUAAGAGAACAAGAAGAAAAAUGUCAUGUGCAGUCUGGCUGGGAAAGAUGCAGUGAACUUGAUUGACAUAAUUAUAUUUCUGUAACUGCCUUACGUGACUGUUGUAAAUUUGUGAGUUGCCAUUAUUAACAAUGUGAAACACCUGGCAGAUGAAGUCAAUUGAAAUUUUAGAACAGAUGUUUGGGGCCACUGCAUCAUAGCAAAUGACAGUGGAGCACUGCAAGAAUUUUUCCUAUUGAAUUUUCUUAAAGAUACAAGUAUUUACACAACUUACACCUGCCUUUUUUUAAAAGUGCUUUUCAUAGGAUUUGAUUGGGAAGGCAUUGAGGAGAAAAGAAUGAAAAGAAAAGAAUGGUGGGAAAGGUUUAAAUUCUUAAGGUAUGAUGCUGAAGGUUUAGUUUAAAAUUACCAAGUGGAGUUUUUUUAACCAACUUGUUCUUGUAAUGAAAACAAAGGAAAUGGAAAAUGGUCUGUGAACUGGAUGUCUGCAGCCAAAAGCAACAGCCCAAUUACAAAGAGGAUAAUGAGAGACUAUCAAGUACAUCUUUCAGUUUCUUUGUUUUCUUAGAUUUUUCCCUUCUGAUUUUAAAAAUAGAUCUCCCUUUGUUCUUCCCAAAUAAUCAGGGAAGUUCCUUCUCAUAAGUUACCAUUUAUAUAGCAUGAACCAUGCUAAAACUUCCUGUUCUAGUUCUUGUCUGUUGACAUCAAUAAUAAUGCCAACAUGUUUGGAUAUAGGAUGUGUUGGGUCACACAUGAAGACAUGUUUCCUAGCUCAUGAAAGGAACUGAGGAGUCAUACACAAAAAGUAGUUAAUGGAGAUCUAAAAGUUUUCAUUGAAAAGCAGACACUUUUUUUUUAAGUAACAUAAAUAUUUAUAAUCCCAGGAAAGAUUUCCGCUCAGUGAUAGCUUUGUUAGAUGGGUUUUUUUUACUAUGUUGUUCUCUUUCAGAAUAAUUCAGAUAAGUUUACCUUCUUCAGUCUUCUUCAGAAUUUUCAGCAGAGUACCUCUAAGAGAGCUGAAGAGCUUGCUAAGUGAAAAUGUAAAAUAUUCAUCUAAGUAAUGAAAUAGGUAUGUAGACAAAUGCUUCUCUAUUGACGAGAAAACAAUAGACAAAACUUCUACUGAUUUCAGUAGGGUCUACAGAAACUUCUUCUAUUCUUUAAGCAGUUUUGAAAGUUAUGUUUCUUUUUUUUCUUCCAGGAUUUAGAAUUUCUUAAUUACGAGUCUCCAAUAACAAAGCCAAUAGAACAAUGCAAAUUUUUUACUUUUAAAAGGGCAAUAUAUUUUUCAUAGUUCAUGUAAGAUAACAUAUUUUAUUUAAUCAGAUAUCACUUCCUGUUCUUUGCUGUGAAUUCUCAAGGUUGAGAUAAGAAUUUUAGGGAUAUUUUUUAGAAAUGCUAGCAACAAUUGGAGUGGUACUUAUUCCAGAUGUACUCAGAAAAUGUGAUCAUCUGUAGAACACAGGAGGAACUAAGACUGUCUGCUUUUAUGUGUAGUGUAUCCAUUAAAGUCAACUGUGAACUUAGAAUAAUUUGAAUUUAGAACUGUCAACUUGGAUUUCCUAAAAGACAGUUUGGGAAAAUAAUUUUACAGAUUUUAAAUAAUCUAUUCUAUUCUUCUGUUUGAAAAUAAAAACAAUCCAAGUUGUUGCCAUUAAAAAUAUUCUACGAUAUAUAACUAUGAUUUAUCUCAUUUUCCCUUAAUGACUCAUACAGGAAAGCAGCAAUAUGUGAAUUUGUUUUUGCAGGUUGUAUGAUCAGUAAACUACUAUGCAGCCUCCUGAACAUCUUUUAACUGAAGUCACUGUAUCCUCUGUAGAGGAGUGAGAUUGGCUUUUUGCAGGGCUAAGUUCAUUUGAACAGUGUUGAAAUGCUCAUAUAUCUACAUACAGUUGAAAGUAGAUUUUGUGAUACUGUUCUGUACUUUUUGUACAAAAGUAUGCCCAGAUUUUGUGCCAAACUCUAGCCCUGUUGAAAUGCUUGAUGUCAGCACGAGGUCCUGCUGUGCUGGUGACUGCACAGCCAUACCCAGAGCAUGCCCAGGGCACUUGUGAUACUCUGGGCUGUGCUGGUGGGACAGCAGCAGUGGUUUUAGCUCCUUCCCUUAAUAAUUCUGCAGCUACACAACAAGAAUUUCACAUUUUUAUUCUUAGUGCAUCUACAAGCAGACCCAAGGCUAGGGUGCUGAAUGUCCUCUGUGCACAUUCCUGCUUGUUCUGGGUGGAUUUUCUAGCAGUCUUUUAUUGGUAUGCUGAUCAUGGCUUCAUUUUCAAACACACAUUAAAAUUUAUAGCUAUACAAUAUGUGAGAUGGAGAACCAGCCCAUCCUGGUCAUUUGAAAUGCCUUUUCUGGGUAUUGAGUUUUUCUGAAGAUACCUAGCUAUUUUUACAUUACAGGAAUAAACUUGCUUAUUGAUGAUCUCACAGUAAUUCUAUCUUACAUUGGGAAAAAUUCAGUUAUUUUCUUUUACACUUCUGUUAAAAUUUUCCAUUAAGCUUACCUGGCUUAAUGUGCAUGUGUAUACUUAGAGGUGUAUGUGACAAAAAGGUGUGUGGAUGAUACUGUCUGAACCAUGCUGCUUAAGCAGUCAAUGGGAAAGCCUAAUUGAAGUGCACUGCCAAUCUAGCUCUUCAAAAUUAGAGCAUAUUUUAUGACUACUAGAGAUUAAAAUUUAAGAAAGUUUAAGGCUGCUUAGUUGGAUGGAUGCUUCCUUUACUGUAAGCCUAUGCAACUGUGUAACCUUUGCAGCAGUAUUUAUAGAAAGAGCCUCUCUUCCUGAGACUUUUCUGGAGCAUAAUUAUAAAUGUUCGUACACUUGCACUGUCUGAUACUUACAUCAGCAGCUUUCCGUAGCUUCUGCAAAAGAGACAGGUUUGUGAGCAUUUCUAAAGCAGUACUGAAUGUAAUUUUGAAAAACAUGGAUUGUGCUUCAUGACCUUUUUCUUUUUAAACACACACACAGCUAAAUAGUGCCUUUUUUCCUCACAAUCCAUGUUGAAGAUGCUUGCUCCCACUCACCCUCCGUAAAUUGAUUCAUUUGUGCAAUACUAUUCCAACUUGAAACAAUUUUGUCACAGCUGUUUGAGAAAUUAUCUCCAUUUUUCCUCACUGUGCUGCCAGCUUUCUGUUGUUUAAGUGUUUCAGUUGAUUACCUAAUGCAAAUGCUAUAAAAUAAAACACCCAUUGGGAAGGGGAAAGAAAAGAA